CUCAGUGCCACUCUGCAGUGUGUUGGCAGAUUUUAAAGUCAUCUCAGCUGUAACAAGCAGAACAUCCGGAACAUCCGGAAUCUCCACAAUUUACGUUCAAUCACCUACAGCAAGCUAACCACCGACUGUGAGCGUCUGCAGCAUGUGGUUUUCAGGAGAAGGAUCAGGACAAUCAGACCCCGUCUGGCCAGGUUCUGGAGGUGCUGCAUCCAACCCAAACCAACCAGUAUGGCCCAACUCUCAAUCUGGAGGAAAUGAUGGGUGGGGAAAUCCUUCACCUGCACCUGCACCUGAACAUCCACCAGCAUCUGCACCCCAACGUAGUAUGCUGGUUCCCUACACAGAAACUCUGAGGAGUGGAGUAUAUGACAGAAUGCUCAUCGUCAUCAAUGGAACCAUUGAAUCCAAUGCCAACAUAUUCACUGUGGAUCUGUGUAAAGGCCAGGACAUCGCCUUACACUUCAGCCCUCGGUUUGCUGAAAAACAAAUGGUUGUCACUAAUAGCUGCAUCGGAGGAAAGUGGGGCCAAGAGGAGCGAGAGCUGCAAAGGUUUCCCUUUGUCCGUGGUCAAGCGUUCAAGUUGGAGAUCCUGUGCACCUCCAGUGAGUAUAAAGUGACCGUGAACGGCUCCCACCUGCUGUCGUACAAGCACCGGAUCACUGACCUGAGAUCCAUCACCAGCCUUGGGAUCUACAAGGACGUCAAACUGACCAGCGUCGAGACGAAGUGAAAACUAAAGAUCUGAAGAGCUACCAGAAAUGUAUUGAUGAUUUAUAAAAGGUCAUGAGAGCUACAGUGUAUCUCUCACAAAUCCAAUUCAGAAUGAAAAGAGAUAAACCAAAGUGCUCUAAUUCAGAUGUAAUGAAAACCUACUUAAAAACCAGAAGAGAUCUUUCAUAGUUCUACUUUAUGCAAGCCACUGCUAUACUGAUUUCCUUCUUUUCUUGUUGUUUUCUGUGAGCAGUACAGUGAGCAACAAGAGGAGAUGAACCAAGGUUGAGUGGGCCACUUUCUUUUAUUAUUUUCAAGUACCCAAAAAAUAUAAAGUGUAAAAAGUACCAAAAAGUGCAUAGGAUGAUUUUAAAGGAGCAUGGCUUCCCCAACAGCGAAGCAGAACCAGGCAAAAACCAACUACAAUGAAGUACAACUACAACUACCCAGAGUGAAUGUCUUCAGGUGCCUUACUUUCAGCUAAAUUGGGUGAAACCAUAAAAAAUCCCUAGGCAUAAAAAACAAUAUUAGCUCACUAAAACUAUGUUAAAAUCCUCCACCCCAAAACCCCACUACACACUAAAGAAAAACAAAGCCCGUACUUAAAAACAAACUGAACUAAUCACCCAAAUAAAUAAAUUACAUCCUAAACCACAUCUGAAAUCUGUGCAACCACCCCCCGCCUAUUCCCACUCUUGGUCCAGCCCGGAACCUCCUUCAGUGGUGCCUGGUCCCAUUGCACUUUCCUCAAUUUGAUUUGUCAUGUUUGCCUCGGCAGGUCCGCCGCCAUCACCGCAGGUGACACACCCUGACCAGACCCACAGGCAACAAACACUUUUCAAUAAAUAAAUCAUUUGAAAUGACAA